AUGCGCUGGACCACAUCUCUUAUAGCGGCUGCGCCGCUUCUCACUUUGGGCGCCUGCCACGCCGUCAUCCUUAAUGCUCAAGGCCUUCAAGGAUCCCCAGCCAGCGUGGGAUUUCAAGUCGACCCCGCUGUUGCUCGUAACUGCAUCAGUAUCAAUCCUUGCCAACAAGAUACCACCAUCAUCCGCGACGCCGAAAUUGUGGCCAACAUUGCCAAUCAAUGCGGUCGCACGGAACUGAAAGGAAAUAUUGAUGUUGGAGAAAACACUGAGAAUGCCCUGGCAGCGGGCGCUGUGACUCAGGUCAAGGCUGGUAGCGAAGUCACUGUCACUAUUCACCAGGUCAAUGCCGACGGCGCGGGGCCGUUUUUCUGCGACUUGGACCAGACAAGCAAUACUGGCCUAAACCUUCAGAACCUCACAGUGUUGGACAACGUGCCAGGUUCAAAUGGUCUUUCGCAAGCCAAGACCCAGGCAUUCGAUAUCAGAGUCGUGAUGCCUGACGAUCUGAACCUCACUGGUGGCUCCACAGGAAAUGUUGGCACAGUCCGUUGUCGCAACAAUGCCGUCGCUGGACCCUUUGGCGGCUGCUUUCCCGUGCAACAGACCGACAAGGAACCGACAGUCAACUCCCCCAACCAGAUCGGGACUCAGCAGGAGCUGAAGGCUGUUCUGGAUCAGGUCCAGGUCAACCAAGCCGACUUUAGCAAGUCUGUGCAAGCCAACAAGGAAGCCGGAUCGAAUGAGGCCAAGCAGAACCUAGCUGCUGUUGAAGCGCUCCUGGCCGACAAUGUCACAACUCGCGAAUUUCCGGUGCAAACGCCGUCGGUUGUUCUAGGUGGCAAUCAGCCAGUCAACACAGGCCGUCCUGGAAAUAACAACAAUGGUGACAAUGGAAACAAUAAUGGUAACAAUAAUGGUAACAAGGGUGGAAACGAUCGAAACAAGGGUGGAAACAAGGGUGGAAACAAGGGCGGAAACAAGGGUGGAGACAGGGGUGGAAACAACGACGGAAACAAGGAUGGAAACAACAACGGAAUCGAUGACAAUGACCUGAUAGAUGGAGGUGCCAGAAAUGGAAAUGAUCUAAACAAUGACAUUGGUGGAAUCGGCGGAAUUGGCGGAGAUGAUGCAAACAAUGUACCAGACGGUGGAAACAAUGAUAUCGGUGGAGGCGGUGGAAUCGGUGGAAAUGAUGGAAAAGGCGGCAAUGGCAAAAACCAGGACGGCUCUGGCGGCAACGGCAAAAACCAGGACGGCUCUGGCGGUAAUGGCAAAAACCAGGACGGCUCUGGCGGUAAUGGCAAAAACCAGGACGGAUCCGGCGGCAAUGGCAGAAACCAGGACGGCUCUGGCGGCAGAGGCGGCGGCCGUGGCGGCGACAGAGGUGGCAGAAACAACAGGAAGAGACGCUUCCGAAUUUAG